AUGUACGGUGUACUUGAGCAGAUAUCUAUUUUUCAUUUUCCAAAACCCCUUCUAUUUUGACUGCUUAAACCCACGCACAAACACAAGUACAUUUUCAUUCAUAUUCAGCAAAACACAACCCUUUUGUUUUCCAUGGCUAUUGCUUUUAAGUCACCAACAACAAGCUUCUUUCAAUUGAAGAAGAACAACCCAGAAACCCAUUCUUUUCUCCGCUUUUCCUCUCAGAGAUUUGCUACCCCAGCUAGAAGAUUCACUCCAAUGGCUGCUAUCAGCACUGUCCCUACUGUUGGGCUCUCUGAGACUUUCACAAGAUUGAAAAAACAAGGCAAAGUGGCAUUUAUUCCGUACAUCACGGCCGGUGAUCCAGACCUUUCAACCACAGCAGAAGCAUUGAAGGUGCUCGACUCCUGUGGAUCAGACAUAAUUGAGCUGGGUGUGCCAUACUCUGAUCCUUUAGCUGAUGGUCCAGUUAUCCAGGCUGCAGCUACACGUUCCUUGGCAAGAGGAACCAAUUAUAAUGCAAUUAUUUCUAUGCUGAAGGAGGUGAUUCCACAACUAUCUUCUCCAAUCGCAUUAUUUUCAUAUUACAACCCAAUUCUCAAGCGUGGUGUCGAGCAGUUCAUGUCCACUAUAAAGGACGUAGGAGUACAUGGGCUUGUGGUUCCAGACGUUCCUCUAGAGGAGACUGAAAUUCUGAGAAGGGAAGCUUCAAAGCAUGGAAUUGAAUUGGUACUGCUUACUACGCCCACUACUCCAACUGAACGAAUGAAAGCCAUUGUUGAAGCAGCAGAAGGAUUUGUGUACCUUGUAAGCUCAAUUGGGGUCACUGGUGCGCGUGCAUCUGUGAGUGAUCGAGUUCAAACUCUUCUUCAGGAUAUUAAAGCGGUAACUACCAAGCCCGUAGCAGUUGGCUUUGGCAUAUCAAAACCUGAGCAUGUAAAACAGGUAGUCGGAUGGGGAGCUGAUGGUGUGAUUGUUGGGAGUGCCAUGGUGAAGCUACUGAAUGAAGCAAAAUCCCCCGAGGAAGGUUUGAAGGAACUAGAAGUUUUCACCAAAUCCCUAAUAGCUGCACUUGAUUGAGAAUAGCUUCUAUGUUAUAAAUUCAAGCUUGUUGUAACUCUUGUUGUCAGCUUUGA